GGAUAGGUACUAGUUAAAGACGACUGCCCCAAACACACACACACACACACACACACACACACACACACACACACACACACACACACACACACACACACACACACACAGACACAGACACAGACACACACACACGUUGCGUCUGGUAAUCAUGGCAUGAGUUAUUAGUCUCCUCCGUUAUCUGACGCUCUCUGACUGUCUGUGGGAUUUCUGUCUGUGGAUUUGAUGGUGUUCACAGCUGCUAGUGGAGUAUGGGUACGACUGCCAGUGCUGCUCCCCAGCCCACACUGCAUGAGGGUUUCCACGGCAACGGGAUGACGGACAGCAGGCGGUCGCAGAGCAGCGCCUCUUUCCAGACGCUCAGCAUCCACAAUAACAAGGCCAAAUCCAUCAUCACUAAUAAAGUUGCACCCGUGGUCAUCACGUAUAACUGUAGGCAUGAGUUUCAGAUUCAUGAUGACGUUCUCAGGACAAAUUAUAAAGUCGGGAGGAUCUCGGACAACAUGCCAGAGCAUCAUCUGGUUCAGGGUUCCUACUUUAUGGUCCAAGAUGUGUUUAGCAAAGCGGAUGUUCUCAAUACCACCGGUUCAUACGGAUCGCCCAACUUCAGGCAGAGCAAAGGCAGCUAUUCGCUGUACGGCAUGGGUCAGCCAAGCCUUAAUGGUUUCAAACAGGUCCUCCAGAGACUGCAGGGUCAAGGUCAUCAGGAGGUGAUUUUCUUCUGUUUGCGCGAGGAGCCUGUAGUGUUUCUACGUUUGGACGGUGACUUUAUUCCCUAUACUCCCAGGAGGAAAGAAAACCUUCAUGAGAACCUGCAUGGACUUGAGCGAGAUGUUUCUUCAGAGAAUCUAGAGCUCACCAUCAGGAAAGAGCUUCAUGACUUUGCCAAACUAAAUGACAACGUGUUCUACGUCUAUAAUGACAUUGAGCACUUUAAAGGAGAACCUCAGAAGAUCUCCAUAACCUGUGAGGAAGACAUCCACGUUACUGAGGAGGUGUAUAAAAGACUGAGGUUUACCAUGCCCAUGUACAGGUAUUAUCGGAUGCCUCUGCCCAUGGAGGGUGCACCUCUUGAGGACAUCUUUGAUGUGUUCGUGAACAUUCUCAGGGAGAACCCCAGUCUGUCUUUGAGUCGUGAUGCGUCCAGGCCUCUUCCUGCGCUGCUGUUCAGUUGUCAGGUGGGUGUGGGCCGCACUAACCUGGGCAUGAUCCUCGGCUCACUGGUGAUGAUCCACCUCACACAAGAUUCUCAGGAGACGACUUCCCCAGCUGAGGAUGAUGUACCAAACAAACCCACAAUGGACUUCAAGGUCAUUCAGAUGCUCAUCAGUAAGCUUCCCAAAGGUCAAGAGAUCAUGGAGGAGGUCGAUCGGGCCAUAGACUGGUGCUCUGAAAUGCACGACAUUAGAGAAGCCAUUUAUGAGAACAAACGCAAGCUGGAGGGAAUCGGUGAAGACUAUCAAAUUCAGGGAAGCAGUGCUAAAAACUACUUUCUCCACCGAACCCUACAGAGCCUGGAACGAUAUUUCUACCUGAUCGUCUUCAAUGCUUACUUGCAUGAACAGUAUCCGCUGGCGUUCCCGUGUAGUUUCAGCCGAUGGAUGGGCGCUCACGCUUGGAUUUAUCGCCUUCUCUCCUGCAUGAACCAAUCAGAGCUCAGAGCCCCAGCUGAUCUCAUCACAAAAGGAGCUCGAGUCCUGGUGGCUGAUGAAUAUUUUGCACCUGACGUUCUGAGCACCAUUAAGGAAAUGAAAGUGGCCAAUUUCCGACGAGUGCCCAAGAUGUCAAUCUACGGCAUGGCACAGCCAACAUCUGAGGCGACGGGAGCCGUUCUGGCGUAUCUGACGGACGAGAAGAGGAAACACAGCAGCGUUUUGUGGGUGAAUUUGCAAGACGAACUGGUUGUGGAGGCAAACGGGCAGAUCUUCUGUCCUAGAGAGCCCAGCUGUGUGGACCAGCACAUACGUGUGCUCCCAUCACAGGCACAUGAGAUGGAGAGAUUGGAAACGGCUUUGAAAGAAGAACUUGUGGGAAAUCAGAAGUGGCUUGAAGUGACUCUGGAGCAGGAGAAGCAAAUGAAGAUGUUUAAGAGCUGUGUGACGGUGCAGGAGAUCUUUAAUCUUCACAAGAGUUCACAUCAGGGUCUACAGUACAGACGAAUUCCUCUGCCAGACUGCUCUGCUCCCACUGAAGAGGGUUUUGACAGCUUGCUGGAUGCGAUGAAGUCUUGUCUCGCUGAAGAUUCAUUCUCUGCGUUUGUGUUUAACUGUGGGAACGGUAAAAGUCGGACGACCACGGCCAUGGUCAUCGCUGCUCUGACGCUCUGGCAUUUUAAUGGUUUUCCAGAAUGUGCUGAAGAUGAGAUUGUGAGCGUUCCUGAUGCCAAAUACACGAAGGGCGAGUUUGAGGUGGUCAUGAAGCUGGUGAGGUUGCUUCCUGAUGGUCACAGGAUGAAAAAGGAAGUGGACGUGGCGUUAGACUCCGUCAGUGAGACGAUGACACCGCUUCACUAUCACCUGAGGGAAAUUAUCAUCUGCACAUACAGACAGAUCAAGAGCUCUAAAUGUGAGACGGAGAUUGAGGCUUUAACACUGAAGAGUUUGUUGUACCUGGAGCGUUACAUCUACUUGAUCCUCUUCAACACAUACCUGCAUCUGGAGAAGAGAGACUCGUGGCAGCGCUCCUUCAGCGACUGGAUGAUACAGGUGGCUGCUCAGGCCGGUGUUUAUGACUUGUUGAAUCAGCUGGGCUUCUCAGAAUUUGAGGACCUGAGAGGCUCAACUUUAUCUUGUCUGCGUCACCGCUGGAUGAAGGAGAAUCAUCAUCAUCAUCUGCCCUUCAGAGGAGAAUUCAUCUGAGAAGCUGCCAGUGCUUUUGUUUAUGUCUUUCAGUUUACAGUUUUCUUUAAUCCUGCAUCAGUCGUGACUGUGAGAAACAUCAGAUCAGAUGUUUGCAUGAAUCUCCAUCACGCCUCGGAGCAGAUGAUGUUGUUUUUUACUCAUUCCUGUUUAUUAAUGUUAGUAAUGAUGUUGUAGGUGAUAUUUCCUCUUUAUCUGUUAAUGCAGGCAUUUUUUACACCCUUUAUUAAUCUGUUUUUAAUUUAAUGUUUUUUAUAUAUAAUCGAUUGCUUUAGUUAUGAUGUUAUGCGCAUUUGUAUGUAUAGUUUUAUCCUGUUUCUAAUCAUUUUGAUCUUUUUUUCGUGUUUUAAAAGUGCAGUAACUGUGUGUUUUUUAAAUAGUAAUAAGCAGAUUUCAUAAUGAAGACAUUGGCGGUCUCCAUUAAAACACUUUUGUAACAGA